AUGGAGGACAACCAAAACUCUGCUCCCGGCAGCGUCCAGGCUGCUAAGCUCAAUGCCUCGCGCAAGGGCCCCGACUCACAGAGCGUCACCAAGCGCUUGCAGACUGAGCUGAUGCAGCUCAUGACUUCGCCAGCGCCUGGCGUGUCCGCCUUCCCCUCGGCCGACGGCAACCUGCUCUCGUGGACGGCCACCAUCGAGGGCCCCGACGCUACACCAUACGCCGACCUCACCAUGAAGCUCAGCUUUGCCUUUCCCUCCAACUACCCCUACGCCCCUCCCACGGUGCUCUUCAAGACGCCCAUCUACCACCCCAACGUCGACUUUUCUGGCCGCAUCUGCCUCGACAUUCUCAAGGACAAGUGGACGGCCGCAUACAACAUCCAGACUGUCCUUCUCAGCCUGCAAAGUCUCUUGGGCGAGCCGAACAACUCCUCCCCGCUGAACGGCGAGGCGGCCGAGCUCUGGGACAGCGACGCUGAAGAGUUUAAGCGCAAGGUUCUGGCCAGACAUCGUGACGUCGAAGACGAGUAG